AUGAAACCGGAAUAUGGUUGUGCAGCCAUGUCGACGACACCUCAAAAGAAGUUGAUGUGCUAUUGUUAUUCCGGUGGGGAGCGCAUGGUGAAUGGAGAUGGUGUGUUAGGGAAAUAUUCGGGUGGUGUCUCUGAAGCCACAAUCAUCGAAGAGGGCAUAUCAUUUGACGAGUUAGUUACAAAAGUUUGCUCCCGUAUGGAUAUUACGCACGACGGGAAGACUUUAUUUUAUAGUACUUGUAGGGACAAGUCAAAGCAUUUGCGUAUUAGGGAUGAAGAUGGUGUUGCUAUGUUGUUCCAUUUAAAUGAUGACGAGGUUGACAUUUAUGUACAAGAAGAUACUGUUAACCAUUUGCCUUGCAACUUAAGCAGCAGGGAGUCGAACUUGUUAAGUUGUAGCCCCUCACAUGGUGGUGGAGGAACUUGUUCUCGUAGUGAAGGUAGCUUGGCAGUUUGCCACGAAAUGGGUUUGGUGCCAUACUCCCAACAACGAGGUGAAGACAUCCUAACUGGGGACGGCCAAUUGUUUGACAACCCCAGCCUCUUUAAGAAGGCUGUUAUUUUAUUUUCGGUGGUGAACAAGUUCACAUUCAAGUAUUUGGACAAUAGUCGUUCAUAUUAUAGGUUGGUUUGCGUCAUUGAUGGUUGUCCAUGGAAGCUAACGACUAGAGCGCAAGGCAAGUCUGAACUUAUAAGAGUGAUCAAGCUGAACAACGAACAUUUGCACAAUGCACACGACACGGCUUCUUUCAAACCAAGGAUUCGGGCAAAAGAGAUGGGUAUGAUUUUCAAGGACAAACUAAUUGUGCAGCCCGAGCUCCUCCCGAGGAGCAUAUGCAAGGACUUUGAGUUAGCGUUCCAAAGUCCCCUAACUUACUCGCAGGGAUGGAGGACUAAGGAACGCGCCCGGAAAUUGAUAAGUGGCCCAAUUUCGAUGACGUAUCACUUAGUGCCGUGGAUGUGUGAACGACUUAUACAAUCGAUUCCAAAUACAAGGGCAGUUUGGACUUCGAAUGUGGAUGGCAAGUUCAGCCAACUUUUUGUAGCUUAUGGUUGUAGCAUUACGGGCUUCUUGUCGGGAUGUCGACCCAUGUUGUUUAUUGAUGCCUGUUUCUUGACUGGUCCUUAUCGAGGUAGUUGCAUGUCUGCAGUCGCGUAUGAUGCAAAUGAUCAGUUGUUCCCUCUUGCAUAUGCUGUUGUAUCAUCUGAGAAUUUUGAGGAUUGGCUAUGGUUCAUGCAGAAUUUGAAGGAAAUUGUUGGCAAUAAAGCAAUUGUGUUAGUCACCGACCGCAAUAUUUCGUUGUUAAGGGCAGUGAACGAGGUGUUUGGCGAGGAAUUUAACGCAUGGUGUGUUCGCCACGUGAAGGAGAAUUUUAGUAAGUUUGCCACCGGGAAAGGAUUGAGGGGGAACCCAAAGAGUUCCGCAUUGGAGCUCUUCACAAAAAUUGCGUAUGCAACAGAUCAUCGACUCUAUGGGGUGUACAUGACCAAAUUAUUUGGUGUGUCACCUGAGUUGGCAAAGUGGGUUGAAGACAAUGGGCCACAACACUGGUCAAAUGCCUUAUUUCCGCACCGGAGGUGGAACAAAUUGUAUACGAAUAUUGCCGAAAGCUUCAACAAUUGGAUAUUAAAACUGAGAGACUUGGACAUCAUUCAAUUCAUGAAGGGGCACGUGAACAUAACUUCUGACAUGUUAUUUAGGAGGAAGAUGGAGGUCACAAAAUGGCAUCCCUUACCAGUUGGUCGUAACAUUGACACAAAGAUUCAGGAAAUUCAGUUCAAAUCUCAGGGUUUUACUUGCCGGCAAACUUCUCCUACGGAGUUCCUUGUGUACAAUGGUGACUGGAAAUCUCAUGCGGUGAACCUCCACUCUCGAACUUGCAGUUGCUUGUUAUGGCAAAUGAAAGGAAUCCCUUGCAAGCACGUGGUGCGCGCGAUACAGGGUACCCCAUACAAUAUAUAUAACCUACUGGACCCUUUCUUUAGGGUGGAGGCACAACUCAUUAUAUACACGACUGUAAUGUCUCCUGUUCCUCUCCAUGACAUGCCCUCUUCUACUGAUUUGGUUCCACACGUUAACGAGAUUCAGUUUGGUUGCGAUCUACUUGAUAUAGCUGCAUCGUCUUCGCCACCUAUGCCAGCAUUGCUGCCCCCCGUUGCAAAGCGACCAGCUGGCCGCCCGAAGAAAAAGAGGAUUGAUCUGACUUCUGUGAAGUUUGUCCAAUUUGCUUAUGCCCUCAUACAGUUUAGGUGCUACAGUUUACCAUUGAGUGCACUAAACCAAGCCCCUUUUAUAGUUCAUGAAUUAUUAGCUGUUCAAGUUCCAUGUACUAGUGGCUUGUAUAGUUCACUUCUAUUACCUGCUGUCUGCCUGCCAUGCUAUUUGCUGCUACUGCUCCUUCUUGCUGUUGGUUCUUCUGCUACUUGCUGCUGUAAGGGCAGCAGGUAG